CUCUUGUUCGGGGCCUUGAAACAGUGAGCUGUCUUUGUUCGAAAUACAGGUGAACGGCAAUCAUGUGAUUAACACACACACACAUAAAAAGCUUUUUAACAGCGCCCGCUCGGCCUCAGAACCGCCCGGAGAGGAGCCGCCCUGGAUGGACAGAGGGACGAGGGACGAGCAUCUACCCAGUCGUGUCCCGGCUGCCCCGCAGUCGCCUCCAACACCCGCUGCUGCCCGCCCGCUGCCUGCCUGCCUGGCAUCUCUCUUUCCCGGUGGGUCCCCACUCAUCCUUCCACCCCUCAGUUCCUCCUCUUUGAGGAAAGGGCCUCCCUGCUCUCUGCCGUGUCUGUGACUGGCCUGAGACCCCCCUGGGGCAGGAGGGGUGGUUGUGGAGGGAAAGAGCCCAGAGUUAGGAGGUGGAAUGUGGGGUCCCACAGCUGCCCCCUCUCUAACUCCCUGCUUCCUCCUUUGCCCUCCUUGGCCCAGCUGGGCCAGGAUGGGGGUGGGGGUAGCAGUGGGCACGCUCUGUCUUCAGGAAGCCACGCUAGACAGAAGGGGCCACUCCCUCUCUGUCUCCCUUGUCCCCGCACAGACACUGCCUUCCUCUCAGGGCUGUGCUGGGCUUUCUGCUGAGCAGUGUUGGGUGAGGCAGGUGGGCCCAGGGGGGUGGGAAGGGCUGUCAGAUGACCAGUGCUGUGUGUGGGUUGGGGCCCCUGCUGCGAACACAUCCCUGCCCACCAUGCUGGCAACUGGGAUCCCCUCCAUCCCAUCCCAGACCCUGGGAACCCAGUGUUCUCCAGCAGGGGGGGGUGAAGGACCCACACUCAUUCCUGAAGAGCAGGGAGCUUGGAGAGGGGAGGGAUGCUGGCUGAAGACACCUGGGCCUCUGCCCCAGCAGGACAACAGGAGGGCCAGUGUCACCUUCUGCUCCUUUCCCUGCUGGGGGUGGCAGGGGUCCCUUUACCUCAUUCUUGACCCUUCCCCAGGGACCUUGACCCCCUUACCCCACCCCCCAUCACCUCUCUGUCCUGAAGUGAGGGUUUGUCACCGUCCAUGGCAAGGUGUGGUGCCUGGUGGGCUCUGUAACCUGCCCUCUCUCUGGGUGUUUAUUCCGCAGCAGAGAGGGGCCUGUGGUCUAAGCGUAAUGGUGGAAAUCCAGGCUUCCUUCCAUGGCCCAAGGAGGCCUUUCUAGAGCAACAGAGUUUUCCUGGGACUUGGCCUGGUUUUUGUUAAGGCAGGUCCUAGAUUUACUCAGAAGAUGGGCCCCGGAGAGGAGGAGAGGAAAGAAAUAUCUGUCAGUCAAACAUGA